GAGAGAAAUUAUUUUGCUGGGGGAUUUUAAUUUAAUUUGGAAUGAUUCUUCUACAUUCAAAGAACGUAAUAUGGUUAAUGGUGCUAAUUUGACUCAAAUCAUCACUGAGCCCACUAGAGUCUGCUCUAACUCUAAAUCUCUCAUUGACUGGAUUCUUGUUUCUCAUCCAAACAGAAUAAUGACUUCUGGAGUUCUCUCUCUGACUGCUUUAGCAAUCAUUCCAUUAUCCAUUGUAUCUGGAAAAUUGCAACUCCUCAUCUUCCUCCUAAAUAUAUUAAGGUACGGGAAACUAAAUUAUUUAAUAAUAAUCUAUUUGUUAAUGACCUUCGAAGGAUAAAUUGGGACAGGUUCUACUUAAUUCCUGAUGUUGAAGCUGCAUGGGAUUUUUUUUAUACUGAAGUUGGGCUAGUUAUUGACAGACAUGCUCCAUGGAAAUCCAUUAAGGUUAAAGGCCAUCAUCUGCCUUGGGUUAAUGGUGAUCUUAUUAAUCUUUUUAAAAAGAGAGAUAGGGCCUGGGUUAAACAUAAACAUACACAACUGCCUGAAGACUGGGAGAAAUACAAACGAUUACGAAAUUUAUGUACAACUCAAACAAGAAACGCUAAAGCCUAUUAUUAUCGAGAUCAAAUGAUCAAAUGCCUGUCAAAUGAACUCAAAUGAAGUAACCCAAAGCAAUUCUGGAUGCGAGUUAACACUCUAGUUGACCCGUGUCUUAACAGCCCACCCUGCGGAAGCUCUUUCAAAUUUAGACAGGUUAGAUCAACGGAAGUUCAACAGGCUAUUAAUAAGCUUUCUAAUAGCAGUAGUCCUGGCCCUGAUGGUCUUGAGGAGUUAUGAGGGGUUAGAACUGCUUGAUUUGCUCUUCGAUAAGAAUGACGGCAUCUUACGGCAUGAGGAUAUGGGACAGCAAAAUCAGUUCUGGCCAGUUCAAGAUGCUCAUAUGAUGAUGCCUGCCCAGGGUAGUGAGGACUUCAAUGCACUUCUAGGUGGGUGUGACUCUGUGUCCGGGUCACCAGAUUGGUCACCCUCUCCAAGCGACAGUGGAAUAAGCGAGGACCCUCAUUCGGAUCACAUUGAUAGUCCGCCACCAACUGGAAGCCCCCCUGUGGAGCCCCGCUUUGUCCCAUCUGAGACACAACACAACCAUGAUGGCUGGGAGACCGGCUUCUUCCCAUAUGGGGCCAGAGGGAUGCAGCGUGCAUCUGAAACGUCACAAGUGCAACCGACCAUUGGAUUCCCCCUCACUGUCAUGGAUCUGCUGCUAUCUGACACACCAGAGCCUCUCACAAAGAUGUCCCAGCAAUCCUACCAGGAGCUUGUUCUUACAGAAGAUGAGAAACGACUGCUUGCCAAGGAGGGAGUGACUCUGCCAAAUCAGUUUCCGCUCACCAAGUAUGAGGAAAGGAUUCUGAAGAAAAUUCGCAGAAAGAUCCGCAACAAGCAGUCAGCUCAAGAGAGCAGAAAGAAGAAGAAAGAAUAUAUUGUUGGCCUGGAGAGCAGGAUGGCUGCAUGCAGCAUGCAGAACCAGGAAUUACAGAGGAAGGUCUUCCAACUGGAGAAAUGUAACAUGUCUAUGAUGGAACAGUUGCGUAGGCUGCAGGCACUGGUCAUGAACGGAUCCAACAAAACGGUCCAGACUGGAACCUGCGUUCUGGUGCUGCUUCUGUCAUUCACCCUAAUUCUACUGCCCAAUCUAAAGCCCUUCACCGACACCAAGGUCAGCCAACAUGGAGACUUCAGCCCACUGAGAGUUCAGUCACGGUCACUGCACAACCUCCAGUCUUCUCGAGUGCUGCACACCCUGGAGCAUCCGAGCUCCGUGGCUGAAGACUCCAAAAUGCUUCCUCGCUAUUCUGGGGAUAAGAAUAUGGAUGAGAUAACGUCUCUUCUGGGAACACUUCACAGGAGACCCGGACUCGCCAUUUAUGACCCUGAAUCUCUCAACCACAGUCUUGACCAGGAUGACGACCAUCACCAUGGAGACCCCAUCAUUGGGCAUGUAGCCACAGUGACCUUGACUCAGCGACGUGGCUCAAGGCGGAGUCCACAUGCUGAUGAUGUUUGAAGGGCACAGGGGAUUUACCCAGGGAUUUGUCAAAACUUCUUUAACAGUGCUUUUCAAGAUGAAAUCCUGAACAGAUGGCCGGAAAGGCUUUUUUUAUAAUAAUUAUUUUCUGCUGAAAUAAUCUUGUGGAGAUGUGGAGAUGACUUUUUAUGCAUUAAAUAACUUUGGUUAAAGCAAUAAUUCAAUUUGAUCUGUUUGGUUAUAUGCUGGAAAUUGCAUUUGUUUUAUUUUAAGAAGUGGCAGUCUUUAUUUUUGGUUAUAAUAUAAAGUGGUUAGGGUUAGAUUUGCUUAAUCUGUUUUUAAUUAUAUAUACAUACCAGUGGCGGCUGCUGGUCUUUCAAAGAGGGGAAGCUCAUUUUCAUUAUUUCAUUUAUAAAUAAUAUACAUCAUUAUUUAUUUUUUAUAUGUACACCCAUACAUGUUAAUAUAUAUAUACAAAUAUGUGUGUGUGUGCAUAAACCGUUUUCUUAAUUCAUUUAUUAAUAAUAUAUUUUAUUAUAGUUUUUGUUUAUUUUUUUGGUUGCUGAUAAAUAAAUAAAUUGAAAUCAGGUCGACAAUAUUAGCACUGUCUGUCGUGCAGUUUGCUAGCU